UGUAACAAUUAAUGGGAGGAAGUCAGCUGGAUACAUUGAUAUGCGUUCGGCAUUGUCGUUUCUUCGACUAUGUGUCGUUUAGACACAAGGUCGAAGGGGUCGUACUUCAUCUGCGCAGUAUAUACAUGCGUUUUAGCGCUAUAUCAUAAAACUGAUGCCCGAACUCUUCGUCAUGCUGCUGGAUGUUUGACUCCGUCAUUUAUAAAAUCGCACCAAAUACUAUCCCGUACGCAAUGUUGCAUGCUACGCAAUUGUGACUUUGCUAAGCAUAGAGAUGCUGACUAUGAUUCUUCGGGGUUAGACGAUGAAUUAGAUUUUGACCUUAACGAAAGUUCGAGCUUGCUGGGUGAUGACCGCAUUUUGAUAUUCAGUGAUCAACAGAAUGGUUCAGAUUCACGUGAUCCCGGAAGCGAGCACUUCGACACUUCUGGUACGAAACCAGUUGAUCACAUUGUUGACGCUAUUCCUCCAGGCAAUUCUGCUGUUGAUGAUAUAGACGCCACUGGAGAUGAACAUGGUACUAACUUGGGCAAGUCAUCUGACAGAUAUGCGUUGGGUGCUCCACUAUCAAGCUUAUCUGCAGGGGUAGGGAACUCUAGCUUUGUACAAGCUUCAUCUACACAGAAGCGCGGUAAUCUCGGUAAGAAUGCUAUAUAUGCGCAACUUCAACGUACCAUGGUUUUUUUGAAAUCGUUUAUAUCUAAGGAAAAGCCCCUGAUGUACGAAUCGAUAGACUCAUUUGUGCGUAGUUUAGACGGAAAUUUGUCUAGAAAGUCUAGUUUAGGUCUGGACACUGACAUGCGUGGAGCAGUAUCUCGAUAUCACACUUUGGAAGCGAGCAUUCAACAUGAUCUUUCGGAUAUAAUGUCUCGGUGUCAAAACGGUUUAAAUGCUAAAGUUAGUGAGGGUCGUACUGUUUUAAGAGGUUUGACCAAAUCGCUUGGUAUGCAUGGUUCGGAAUGUAUGCCUGAUUUAAAUUUGUUGAUUGACCAAUUGGUUGAUGAGUAUAUAGACACAGAAAAUGUUCAUCGUCUGUCUGUGAUGAGUUCUGUUACCUCCUGGUUACGAUAUAAAUUCAUUUCAACUGUAGAUUCAAUUAUCCCUUUGCGACCUAUGCAAAACAUAGUUUCACUAGUUUCGUCAUUGCAUAAAUCAAUAGGUUCGAUCAUAUCGCGUCUUACUUUAGAUGAUACCAAUGCUGAACUCUUCACUGAGGGAUCUCUAUAUAGGUACUAUGAAAUGCGCAAGGCCUAUAUCCAUACACCAUCUAUUUGGUCAAAGGAGAACAGGCCACUUUCACCACCGUUGAACGGUCAAUGGCGGCUAACAUUCCUUGGUACAGGUGCACGCAGGCCUACUAAGACUCGCCUUACAUCCAGUAUACUAUUUUCUAGGGCUGACGCUCCUUUAUGGUUAUUUGACUGUGGCGAGGGUGCCUUUAGCAGUAUUUGGGAUGCUGGGCACUCGCCAUUGCGAGUAAAGAGGAUUUUCAUAACUCAUCUUCAUGGUGAUCAUUGUUAUGGUCUAUUUUCCUUCCUUAGCACUUUAUCUCCUACCGGUGCGCUUGAGAUCUAUGGUCCUCGUGGCCUUUCAAAGUUCAUUGCUGAUGUACUCGCCUCAUCAUCAAAAUCGCAGUCACUGGGCCAAUUUAUUGUGAAUGAGUUUGUGAAGUCCCAUCACGUUUUAAAGGAGCCUGAGAUGCCAUUUAAGUUGAGGUACAUAUACCCUAAUUCUCGUAUGCAGUACGUUGCUCACGAGGACAGCAUUUGCAUCGUUAGGGCAGCUCCGUUGGUCCACAGCAUCAAUACUGUCGGCUACGUGGUUGAGGAAAAGGUUACUGAAGAUGCCCGGUGCGAUAAAUCUGGUGGAGAUACUCCCGAGUGUUCAGUGCCCGGGCGCAAGGUUGUAAUAUGCCAGGAUACUUCCGACAGCCGUUUGCUACAGCCAUUGGCAAUGGAUGCAGAUGUGUUAAUCCAUGAGUCUACUAUUAACCCACCCACUAAUAGCGGUUCUGAAAUGCUGCUUCGGCUUGUUAGGAAUGCCCGUGGCGGUAAUGUAACGCGUACGUUGUUGCGUCGUGUGGAUGAGGUACUACAGACUGAGGAGAUGAAGUUUCAGUUAUACCACACUACAACGGAAAACGUCAGGCAUCAUUAUUAUCGCAACCUCCAUCUAUUGCGUGACUCCAUGCAACGCUAUGAGCUCUUGGAGGGUGCUUGGUCCGAGGUGGUUGAAUCCACGAACCAAGAUCUAUGUGAUACGUCUAGUAAUUCCUUGACUCCACAAAGUUCUGACAAGUGUUGGAAGUCAUUGGUCAAGCGGUUGAAUGCUCUAUUACGUCUGUAUGGUGCUGCGCAUAGCAUGUCACGUGUUGUUUCCAAACUUGACGGGUUGGUUGACCUAAUGUCAGGUUUGCGCCAGACCUGUCAUCAAGGUGGCGCCAUGCCUAAGAGCCGCAUAAUGCAAGGAAACAUACGUUCACUAGCUAUUGAGAUUCUAGAGGACUCUGGCUUCACAGUGGACCACAAAUCUGGUGACCCAGGGGCUAGUACCAAGUUAAGUCGUGAUUUAGAUCGUUUGGCUCCUUUAAUAUUCAGGUAUUGGCAUGACAUUAUAGGUCCCACUGUACCCAUUCGUGAGAGUGGAGUUUACGGCCGUCACGAGUGGGAGCGUCUGUAUAAUGAAUAUGCCAAGUUCAGUGGCCAUUCUACAUGUCUUCAGGCCGGUGACUUCGCGGCUCGCACUCGAGCUCGUAAGCUCAUCCUCACUCACUUUUCUCAGAAUACACCUGACGGAGUUGAUCGCGACACGGUUUUGACAAUGGCACGAAUAGUCCACUCGGCUCUCCGUGGAUACUAUCGCAGACGCAAUGAUUCUUAUGUCACGCCUGUUACCAUUGGCGCCGCUUGGGACAUGUUCACCAUUACCCUGUGAAUAUCCAGGGCAUUUACCUGCAUGCUUACUAAGCAGCUACAACUGAAGUAUUAUCAUUACCGAC